GGCGCGGCCGGCGGGGCCGAGGCGGAGGCUGUGGCGGCGGUGACGGCGGCGCAGGGUGGGAGGCGGCGGCGGCCACUCUCCGGCCGGUAUUCCGCUGCUGCUCCCGGCGGCGGUGGCGGGGGCGCCAUGGACGAGGCCGUGGGCGACCUGAAGCAGGCGCUGUCCUGCGUGGCCGAGGCGCCCACCGUCCAUGUGGAGGUGCACCAGCGGAGCGGCAGCACCGCAAAAAAGGAGGACGUAAAGCUGAGUGUCAGGAAGCUGCUCAACAGACACAAUAUUGUGUUUGGCGACUACACGUGGACUGAGUUUGACGAACCCUUUCUGAACAGAAACGUGCAGUCUGUGUCUAUCGUGGACACGGAAUUGAAGGUUAAAGACCCACAGCCCAUUGAUUUGAGCACAUGCGCUAUUGCACUUCACAUCUUUCAGCUGAAUGAAGAUGGCCCCAGCAGUGAAAAUCUGGAGGAAGAAACAGAAAAUAUAAUUGCAGCAAAUCACUGGGUUCUGCCCGCAGCUGAAUUCCAUGGGCUUUGGGACAGCCUGGUAUAUGACGUGGAAGUCAAAUCUCACCUCCUCGAUUACGUGAUGACGACUUUACUGUUUUCAGACAAGAAUGUCGACAGCAAUCUCAUCACCUGGAACCGAGUGGUGCUGCUUCACGGUCCUCCAGGAACUGGAAAGACAUCCCUGUGUAAAGCGUUAGCCCAGAAAUUGACCAUUAGACUUUCCAGCAGGUACCAGUAUGGCCAAUUAAUUGAAAUAAACAGCCACAGCCUCUUUUCUAAGUGGUUUUCAGAAAGUGGCAAGCUGGUAACUAAGAUGUUCCAGAAGAUUCAGGAUCUAAUUGACGAUAAAGAUGCUCUGGUGUUUGUGCUGAUUGACGAGGUAGAGAGCCUCACAGCUGCCCGCAAUGCCUGCAGGGCGGGCGCUGAGCCUUCAGAUGCCAUCCGCGUGGUCAACGCCGUCCUGACCCAGAUCGAUCAGAUUAAAAGGCACUCCAACGUGGUGAUCCUGACCACCUCCAACAUCACGGAGAGGAUCGAUGUGGCCUUCGUGGACAGGGCCGACAUCAGGCAGUACAUCGGGCCCCCCUCGGUGGCAGCCAUCUUCAAGAUCUACCUCUCCUGCCUGGAGGAGCUGAUGAAGUGUCAGAUCAUAUAUCCUCGCCAGCAGCUGCUGACGCUCCGCGAGCUGGAGAUGAUUGGCUUCAUUGAGAACAACGUGUCAAAGCUGAGCCUCCUUUUGAGUGAAAUUUCAAGGAAGAGCGAGGGCCUCAGCGGCCGUGUCCUGAGGAAGCUGCCUUUUCUGGCUCAUGCGCUGUACAUCCAGGCCCCCACUGUCACCAUAGAGGGAUUCCUCCAGGCCCUGUCUCUCGCGGUGGACAAGCAGUUUGAGGAGAGAAAAAAGCUUUCGACCUGCGUCUGAUCUGGGCUUCCCCGCCUGCAGUUUUCUGAUUGUGAACCCGCAACCAGUGAGUGACGUCACCUCCUGAACAACUGCGGUGGCCCCGGAAAUCUCCAUGCAAUGAGACUCAGGCCUGCAGGCCAGAGACCCGGGACCCAAGCGCUGUGAAAAGAAGCGUGUUGUCUUUACGUAUUUUUAAAUGCACAUUAGAAGACAGAUGACCUGCUGUGUUCACUGUUUAAAUGAUGAUGAUUCGAGUUCUCUUGUCUCUGUAGAGAAGUCUGACAGUGUUUGUUCCAUCCGGCCUCCAGUCGAUUGGACACAAAGUGCUGACAAGCUUUGUCUAAAAAAGAUGAUUAAUAUAGUUUUUAUAAAGACGAAAGAGAAACUAUAUUGCCUUAAAUAAGAAUGUAAUCAUAGCAUUGAAAAGUGAACAUGUAACUCAAGGUAGAAGGUGGCAUUUGCUUUCCACCGUGAGCUUGUUUUAUUUACUGCAAACAUCUCAGAGACUAUUUAAUGAAUAAGAAAACCCAUUCCUGUGUCAUAGAAAUUGGGGAAAAUAUUCUGGCUAAAGUGUUGUUCACAAAAUCAGACGUGGCCCAUCUGUAGGGAGGCGCAGCCCUUGGCAUUUGAUAUGAACGUGUGCCUAGUGCAGGCGAGCAUUGCCUGGAUGCUUCUGCCCAUUUUUUUGUUCAGUAAUGUUGUUCAUUGAACAAUGAAGAUUCUCAAAUGAAGAUUCACGUUAACAGAAGUAAAAUAAAUUGGCCACUAAUCGGUGUAUUACACAGAAUAUUAUGUUUUGCAUUUAUCUCAUGCUAAGGUAAAUUUCACAUUAGUGUUUUGUACACAUUUCUUAAAGACAAUAUUAUUUGUUA